ACUGUUUAAUACGGCCGCCACCAUCUUGCGACCAUCGAAAUUGCAAAGGACCGAAUUUAAUCCCAUCUCCCACAAACACGUUACAAGAUGCCUGUCGAUUUCCAAACCAUUCGUAAUAAGUUCAUCGAAGCUGGGCAAGGCCAUGUUUUCCAGUUUUGGGAGGAACUUUCAGCUGGAGAACGGGAGGAGCUUCUCGCUAACCUUGCAAAAAUCGACGUCGACCGAGUAAAUCGAAUUUACCACAAAUCCACGACAACACCACCCAAAUCGCAGCUCGCCAAGCUUGAGCCUCUUCCUGAAGCGGCCUUUGCCUCUACCAUUGCAGGGACUGGAGCAGCCAAAAUUAAGCAUUGGGAGGAGAAAGGACUGAAACUUAUUGCCCAAAACAAAGUGGGUGUUAUUCUCCUCGCUGGGGGACAAGGUACUCGCCUCGGAUCUUCCGCUCCAAAAGGUUGCUAUGAUAUCGGACUUCCGUCACAUAAAUCUCUGUUCCAGCUACAGGCUGAGCGCAUCUUGAGAUUACAAAAGGUGGCCGCAUCUUACGCCUCUGGAACAGAGGCGAUUGUUAUUCCUUGGUACAUCAUGGUUUCCGGACCAACUAAGCAGGCCACCACAACCUUCUUCAGGGAGCACAACUUCUUUGGUUUGAAUCCCGAGAAUGUAGUGUUCUUUGAACAGGGAGUGUUACCUGCAUUUACAAACGAGGGUAAGAUAUUUAUGGAAACAAAGAGUGCCCCAGCCGUGGCACCAGAUGGCAAUGGUGGAAUAUAUGCUGCGCUUCGUCGGGAGGGUGUCAUCGCCGAUUUGGAACGUCGUGGUAUUCCGUACGUGCACACAUACUGUGUGGACAACUGCCUCGUCAAAGUAGCGGACCCGGUCUUCAUCGGGUACUGCGUGGAACAAAAUGCUGAUUGUGGAGCCAAAGCAGUGCCGAAGGCGUCUCCCGAAGAAUCGGUGGGCGUCAUCUGUCUACGCGAUGGUAAAUUUGCGGUGGUAGAAUACUCGGAAAUCGAUAAGAAUUUGGCAGCUCUCCGUAAGGACGACGGAACGCUCGUGUACAAUGCUGCAAACAUUGCGAACCACUUUUACACCGUUGAUUUUCUUCGUCGUGUUGAUGCAUUGGAAGGGGAGCUGGAAUACCAUAUUGCACAUAAGAAAAUUAAGCACGUGGACCUUGCCACUGGAGAGCAAAUUGUUCCUCAGAAGAACAAUGGUAUCAAGCUCGAAAUGUUCAUCUUCGAUGUCUUCCCGUUCACCGAACGAAUGGCGGUUCUGGAAGUUGCUCGCAAGGAAGAAUUUUCUCCAUUGAAGAAUGCCCCUGGAAGUGGCAGCGACUCUCCCGAGACUUCGCGCGCGGACAUUCUCAGCCAAUGUGUGCGGUUUGCGGAAGCCGCUGGAGCUAAGGUUGUUAAAGGUGCUGGUCAAGACCCUACGGAUGUCCCUGUGCUUGAAAUUAGCCCGCUAGUAUCAUACUCUGGAGAGGGUCUCGAAACUCUCAAGCACGCCACCAUUACAACUCCCAAAAUAUUGGAUGGUCCACAGGACGUUCGGGAGAUUCAUAUUGUCUAGUUUUAGUUACUUAGAUACACGCGUAGCAUCGGAUUGGAGGCCAGAUCCUCUCGGGUAUGGACACUCAUUUUAAUCGUGUAUGGUAUAGUGAACAUUAAAAGAGAUUUAACAGCGAGAUGGCUCGCAGCAUAGAAUAUGAAGGCAUUGGGUUUUUAAUUUGCACUCAUAGCCAUAUUCAUGAGAUCCAAUGUAAAUUUCAUUUGAGUUUCUAUGUGUAUACAUAGCGG